AGUCGUACUUAGUAUGUUAUACAACUUUUCUUUCUUCAUUCUGCCCGCAUCACCUCGCCGGCGUUUUCCUCUAACACGUUUCACAAAUCGUUACCAGAUCAAGAACUGGAAAUGAGUGGAGAUCAUUCCCACAACGAUAGCCAGAUAGACUCCGGCUCUCGGAUCAAUGAUACUCACAAGCAUAAAGACAAAUACAAGGAUAAAGAACACAAACACAAGGACCACAAAAAGGACAAGGAGCGUGAGAAAUCGAAAUAUGGAAACAGUGACCAUAAGGACUUUUCAGAGAAGAAACACAGAGAAAAGGAGAAGGAGAGAGUGAAGCACAAAGAUGGCAGCACAGACCGACAUAAGGACAAGCACAAGGACAAAGACAAGCGGAAGGAGGAGAACAUCAAGCCGAAGAAAGAAAAAGAAAAUGGCUUUGCCAGUCCUCCUCGCAUCAAGUGUGAGCCGGACAAUGAUGACUUCUACCACUCCCCCAAAUCCCUGAAGAGAGAGCGAGAUGAUGACGAAGCUGAAGUCAAGCCUAAAAAAAUUAAGACUGAGAAUGACCGGGUGGACAAGAAGGGAAAGAAGAGGAAACCGGGGGAUGAGGACAUCAAGCCCAAAAAGACACAGAAAAACAAGAAGGGGGAUGUCACUGAGGGAAAAAAGAAAGCAAAAAAGGAGCCUGAGGAGAAAUGGAAAUGGUGGGAAGAGGAAAGAUACACAGAUGGUUCCAAAUGGAGGUUUCUGGAACAUAAAGGGCCAGUCAUGGCUGCACCAUAUGAACCUCUUCCCAGCAAUGUCCGUUUUUCUUAUGAUGGAAAGUCAAUGAAGCUCAGCUUGGGAGCUGAGGAGGUGGCCACCUUUUUUGCGAAAAUGCUGGACCAUGAGUACACUACCAAGGAAAUCUUCCAGAAGAACUUCUUCAAUGACUGGAGAAAGGAGAUGACCUCAGAGGAGCGAGCUAAGAUCACCGACCUGAAGAAGUGCAACUUCAAUGAAAUGGCUGAAUACUUUAAGGCUCAGUCUGAGGCCAGAAAGGCCAUGACUAAAGAAGACAAACUGAAAAUCAAAGCGGAGAACGAGCGUCUGCUGCAGGAGUAUGGUUUCUGUAUCAUGGACAACCACAAGGAGCGCAUUGCAAACUUCCGCAUUGAGCCGCCUGGUCUGUUCCGUGGCCGAGGAGACCACCCCAAGAUGGGCAUGCUGAAGCGGCGCAUCCGCCCUGAGGACAUCAUCAUCAACUGCAGCAAGGACUCAAAGCACCCCAAGCCCCCCCCUGGUACAAAGUGGAAGGAGGUGCGUCACGACAACAAGGUUACCUGGUUGGUGUCAUGGACGGAGAACAUCCAGGGUUCCAUAAAGUACAUCAUGCUCAACCCUAGCUCCAGAAUCAAGGGAGAGAAGGACUGGCAGAAAUAUGAGACUGCACGGAAUCUGAAGAAGUGUGUGGAGCGACUGAGGCACCAGUACCGUGAAGACUGGAAGUCCAAAGAGAUGAAGAUCCGACAAAGAGCGGUGGCGCUCUACUUCAUUGACAAGCUGGCUCUGAGAGCAGGUAACGAGAAGGAGGAAGGAGAGUCGGCAGACACCGUGGGCUGUUGCUCCCUGAGGGUGGAACACAUCAACCUGCAUGCUGAGAAAGAUGGCCAAGAGUUUGUGGUGGAGUUUGACUUCCUUGGUAAAGACUCCAUCCGUUACUACAACAAAGUCCCUGUGGAGAAAAGGGUGUUCAAAAACCUGCAGCUGUUUAUGGAGAACAAGCAGCCGGAAGAUGACCUUUUUGACCGGCUCAAUACCUCCAUUCUGAACAAACACCUCCAGGAGCUGAUGGACGGCCUGACGGCGAAAGUGUUCCGUACCUACAACGCCUCCAUCACCCUGCAGCAACAGCUGAAGGAGCUCACCAACCCUGAUGAGAACCUUCCGGCCAAGAUCCUAUCGUACAACAGGGCCAACAGAGCUGUGGCCAUCCUGUGUAACCAUCAGAGGGCGGCGCCCAAGACUUUUGAGAAAUCCAUGCAGAACCUCCAGGCUAAAAUUGAUGCAAAAAAAGACCAGCUGGCUGAGGCAAAGAGAGAUUUAAAGGGUGCCAAGGCUGACCUCAAAGUACGGCGGGAUGAAAAGUCCAAAAAAGCCCUGGAGUCCAAGAAAAAGGCAGUGGAGAGGGUAGAAGAGCAACUGAUGAAGUUGGAGGUUCAGGCGACAGACCGUGAAGAGAACAAGCAGAUCGCCCUGGGCACCUCCAAACUCAACUACCUGGACCCACGCAUUUCGGUGGCCUGGUGUAAGAAGUGGGGCAUCCCUAUCGAGAAGAUCUACAACAAAACUCAGCGUGAAAAGUUUGCCUGGGCUAUUGACAUGGCGGAUGAGGACUUUGAAUUUUAAAUCCUGUUUGCGGUUUUAAUUAUGCGAUUUUUAUUUCAUUGGAUACUUGUUUUUAGCUUAACCGAUUACACCCAAUGGCCAGCCUGACGAGGAAAUGGGGAAAAUGUGUGUGCACUCAACAAGCAUGGUGAGGUAGGACAGAUCAAGGAUAUAGGCCAUUACAGAUGAGCUGGGGGUGGGUGUUGUGGUGGGUGGGGGGUUUGCACAGUGUUCUCUGACGGUCCGGUCUGUCAGAUUCAAGGGCUCGACUAUACCCAUGCCCAAAGGCCAAGCUGUAAUCCCAAUGAUUGGAUGAGAACCAGUUGAUGCCCUUUUUGCCUUUUGGCUUGCUUCCUCUUCAGCCACACGCACGACCAGAAGAUGUCUGAACUUUGAACUCUGUGAUCCUCUAGCUACUGUAUUCAACAAAAAAAAACGACUGCUUUGUGUAUAAUUUUAUUUUUGUUCACUUGGUCUGUAUUUUUAGCCCUCGUAUUAUUAAUGGAUUCUAUAUUUUAAUAGAAGGAAACAAAGUUAAAUCAAAAGAAUUCCUUAAGUACACCCAUGCGCCUUUGAGGAAAUGGAAUGUGAGCCCAAGUAUGAGUUGUGGGGAGGGAAAGAACAUGAGCUGUGUGUUUGGGUGAGUGUGAUGUUUUAAACUGGACUAUGUUGAUUGUGUAUCAUGAGGAUGCUUUGACAAGCUCGGGGGAAAAUGCUACACCCAAUGUCAAUAUUUACCUAAGCAGGCAGAAUGUGAAUAAUUUUGUUUUACAGUAUCUAUCAGGGACUUAUUUUCAAUGUAAAUGUGAACAAAUCAUUUUAUUUUUCUCCCCAACAUCCUCUGAAUCUUUCUUCAUAGCCCUGUCUCCAUCUGGUUUUAACUUAAUCACUUUUAAUGAUUGUUUCCAGAAGGUGAGAAGACUCCCUUGUCUGUUACUUGAAAAAAAACAAUGCUAUUUUAAUGUAUUUUAAGUUAGUUAAUGGAACAUGUUUUUUCUCAGAAGGGUGAGGGAUAUCCACUUUGCCAAAAAAAAAGUCCAAUCUGUUACAAUUGAGCUAAGCAGUUAUUUUUUUAAUUGUGUUAAAGAUUGAUGACAAUUUUAACAGGAGUUUCAAUGUGAAUGACCCAUUAAUUUUAUUCCACUGUAGUAUAUGAGGAAAGUUGUUUGUAGCGAUAACUGUACUUUCCUGUUUUUCAACCUCUUCUGUCAUAGCCUCCAAUCAUGUUUUAGGUUUAUGCUCAUUGUAGGUUGAAAAUGAAUAAAACCCCUCAACUCCA